AUGUCUGACCAAAACUGCCCGCCCGCCAACCCGUCGCCUACAGUCGUCUUCGUGGCGCUCGGCGCCAUCCUCGGCUACAUUGGUGCCGAAUCAGGGACAGUAGCCUGCUUCGAGCGCCAGCUAUGGCCGCAACGAAGCUUCUCCAGCUUUACCGCCUCGUCGGCCUUGGGCGUCGCGCUCUUCACGCCCAUGGGCGGCCCGUUGUUCAAGACGGCCUGUCACACUCUCGACGGCGUCUUUAGGAAUGGCCUCUUCUUCGGCUCCCAUGAGGGCCAUAUGCUGGGCACGGCCUUCUUCCCUCAACGACACUGGGUCUACAACUUAUACGAAGGCGCCUCUGGCGGACUACUGGAGAGCAGAUGCGAGCCUGCGCGGAAUUGUCUCUGGGCGGAGGCCCUCUCCCGUAUGCCCGUGCCGCCCAUCAGCUCUUUAUUUCCGCCCCAGUCGAGCAAGGAUGUCGAGGGCGGUCAGCAAGAGAGGCCCAAGAUUCGAUCCAAGAUCGCUCUUCACCACCUGAAGAUAACACUGGCGACGCCUGAGGACAAGGCUUCAAACCUUCUCUUUGUUGCAGAAGACUCGAACACAAUAAGCCCGAGAGCCUUGGUUGCGAUAGUGGCUUCGGAGAUCUCAAGCUUACUGACAGCCGUCUUCGUGCUGGUGUACUUCGACUCCUACUGGGCCUUUCUUUGGCUCGUGCCCCUGGCUCUCCGCCUGUUCAGCGCGGCUUUCGCUCUCUACAGAGACCCGCUCAUGGAUCCUCGUCAACACCCAGAGGCCAAUAAUGCCGAGGCAUGCUUUCAAGUCGACACCCACCAGCCCCACGGCCCCAACGGCCACUUUAUGCUAUUCACAGGACCGCGUCUGCUCGUCAAGCAGUUCUUCGAACAUUACGGGCAUCCGAAGCGGCACCGCUUGCGGGAGAUUGUGCAGUUCACGACGCUAAUCCUCUUUUACGUUUCGUUUCCGCUCCAGCUUCUAUCCUCGUUAGUGUGGAUGCCGGUUCAGGUGCAAUACGUGUGGCUCUGCUACCAGAUGCUUUUGCGAGUCCACAUUAUCAGCAAGAUUCUCCUGACUCACAUAGGUCGUGCACGAUUCUCUUUGGACAUGAUCGCCAGGCGCCGUCGACACUUGCCGUUACUCUGA